GGUUGGUGGGUAGCGGCCCAGCAGCAGCCGCAUGCUGUUGUCCACACAGUGACUACCUCCUGCCAGACAACCGGAGCCGCUCCUGAUCCUGACCCGCGCUGAAGUCUUUGAAUUACUCCCGAACCUGCAGCUCGACCCGGAGCAACACGCGUCAGACAGCGUCAGGACGUCAGGACAAACACUGGGCCAAUCAACUGUGAGCAUCAUGCCUUCCAACAAAUACUCAGCGAGCAUCAUGGAGGAGAGCAACAACAUCGCUGCAGCUGCAGCUGUAAAUGGAGAGACCCCUCCUGGUGAAGGCCUAUCAGAAAACGACAGCGGAGUGGAGCUGGUCAGUGACAACAGUCCUCUGACGGCAGCUGAGCCACCGUCGCCCUUCAGCCCCAAACAGAAUGGAGAUGCUGCUUCGCCUCAAGAUGGUAAUGAGUGUCUGGGGGGAAGCAGGAAAAGGAGCAGGAAGCGGUCAGAGGAGGAAGGGACCUGGGACUCCUGCAGCGAGGAGAAGUGUUCAGAGGCCCCUCAGUUGGGUUUGAGACAAAGGCCUCAGCCCAGAACCAUCUUCCAGGCUGGACUUACGACACAGGCACAGACCAAAGCUCACCGGCAGAGCCGCAAGCAGCAUCAGAACCUGUCACUGGGUGGAAGUGGCGGUAGCCCCCAGGGGGUCAUGGUGUCCGGAGGGGUUCCUGAGUCGCCUCGUCUGGAGUUGAUAGAACAGGACUCCAAGGACUCGGCCCAAAGCACCGGCACGGCAUCCAGCUCCGAAGCCCAGCCAGAGUACAACGACAACAAAGGUUUUGGCAUUGGGGAGCUGGUGUGGGGGAAGAUCAAGGGCUUCUCCUGGUGGCCUGGUGUUGUGGUGACCUGGCGCGUCACCGGCAAACGGCAGGCCAGCCACGGCAUGAGGUGGCUGCAGUGGUUUGGGGACGGCAAGUUCUCUGAGGUCUCAGCAGACAAGCUGGACUCCAUCACUGCCUUCCCUAAGUUCUUCAGUCAGGCAUCUUACACCAAGCUGGCCUCCUACCGCAGAGCCAUCUUCCAAGCUCUAGAGGUGGCAAGUGCACGAUCAGACAAGACCUUUCCUCCCUGUGAGUCGGACAAUCCAGAGGAGCUGGUAAAACCCAUGCUGGACUGGGCCAACGGCGGCUUCCUGCCCAAAGGAGAGGAAGGACUCAAACCCACGCACAGUGCUGGUGAGCAGGGCUGCAGAGUGUGGAAGAAGCGGCACACUGUUCAGCAGCAGCUGAUCGGUCUCUUUCUUGCAGAGAGCAGCCCUCUGGACCAGGUCUUUGAUGUGUCUCUGCCAGACUAUUUCCCCAGUGCCAAGCGGCCCAAAGUCAGUCCCUCUAAGAGCAAGGCCGUUCCUGAGGAGUCCUACAGCAGAGAACAAAUGGUGAAUGAAGUUCUGCAGAAAAAAAGAAGUGUAGAAGACUUCUGUCUCUCUUGUGGAAAGAUGAGACCAGCAACGCUGCACCCACUGUUUGAAGGAGGCUUGUGCCAAACAUGCAAGGACGUUUACCUGGAGAUAUCCUACAUGUAUGACGAUGAUGGUUACCAGUCAUACUGCACCAUUUGCUGUGGCGGCCGAGUGGUUCUGCUCUGUGGAAACGCUAACUGCUGCAGGUGUUUUUGCAUUGACUGUCUCGACAUCCUGGUCAAUCCUGGAACCUCUAAUGAUGCUCAGCAUCAGGACCCAUGGAGGUGCUACAUGUGUCAGCCGCUCCAGCAGUACGGCAUCCUUAAGCGGAGGCACGACUGGAGCAUCAAGCUGCAGGAGUUCUUUGGCAAUGACAGCGGACAGGAGUUUGAGCAACCAAAGAUUUACCCAGCAGUCCCUGCCGAGCAGAGGAGGCCAAUUAGAGUCCUCUCCCUGUUUGAUGGCAUCGCCACUGGCUACCUAGUCCUAAGGGACCUGGGCUUUAAAGUGGACCAGUAUAUAGCAUCUGAGGUGUGUGAGGACUCCAUCUCAGUGGGUGUUGUCAGGCAUGAAGGAAAAAUCCAGUACGUCCAUGAUGUCAGGAACAUCACCAAGAAAAAUAUUCAGGAGUGGGGGCCGUUUGAUCUGGUGAUUGGAGGAAGCCCCUGUAACGACCUGUCAAUCGUUAACCCUGCCAGGAAAGGCCUGUAUGAAGGAACAGGGAGGUUGUUCUUUGAGUUCUACCGUCUGCUGAGCGAGGCCAAGCCCAAAGAAGGAGAGGAUCGACCAUUCUUUUGGAUGUUUGAGAACGUAGUGGCCAUGGGCAUCAAUGAUAAGAGGGACAUCUCACGGUUCCUGGAGUGUAACCCUGUGAUGAUUGAUGCCAUCGAGGUCUCUGCUGCUCACCGUGCACGUUACUUCUGGGGAAACCUGCCAGGCAUGAACAGACCGCUGUGUGCCUCUGGGAUGGACAAGCUGGUGCUGCAGGACUGUCUGGAACACGGCAGAGUGGCAAAGUUUGGGAAGGUCCGAACCAUCACUACUCGCUCCAACUCCAUCAAACAGGGCAAAGACCAGCACUUCCCCGUGCUGAUGAAUGGGAAGGAGGACAUACUGUGGUGCACCGAGCUGGAGAGGAUCUUCGGUUUCCCGGUCCACUACACAGAUGUGUCCAACAUGGGUCGAGGUGCCAGACAGAAGCUCCUGGGCCGAUCCUGGAGCGUCCCUGUCAUCAGGCACCUGUUUGCGCCGCUGAAGGACUACUUUGCUUGUGAAUAGGAGACACAAACCACUUAAUGUGACUUUGGCUCCAAGAAACAACAGUCACUCCCCAAAGUCUGAAAAUCAUAUCCAGGCAGCCACAACGUCAGUAGUGGAAGUGACUUUGCAGCCGUUUCUGAUGGUCAAUGCACAGCAGCCGUAACAAACACUAACACAGAUGCAGCGUAGGUGAGCUGCUCUUUAAGGGGCCUUAGUGGGCUCAGUUCAGCUCUUUUGUUUGCUCUCCGAUCAUUAGGAUGUCAUAGGAUUUGUUCUUUUUAGCUGUUUUUAAUGAGACACCACUGUUUUAGAAGGAGGAGCAGGACGGCGCCUGUGGCUUCAGGCAGCCGUGACGCACUGGUACUGGUGCUGUGACGCUUCGACGGCUGGUGGAAGCUCCUUUACUCCAGCGUGCGUUGGGUGUGCGAGUCUUGUGGAGCAGAAGCCAGUUUAAAAACCAGGCUUUAAGUUCUUGAUUUCUGAGACAUUUAGUAUAAAGAUGUUUGCGUAUGAUAGUGAAACCUUUGUGAGCUUUACUGCUAAAACCCUGAUAGCUCCAUAAGCUAAGUACUUGAAACAAGCCAUUUCUGCUUCCACGCGUUUUAUAUUGGCUGGAAACAAGUUGAGUCCAUUUGUUCGCUGUCCCCUGGUUUUAAAACCGAGUGACAGUCACUGUUGUGUGGUUUGACUCUAGCACUGAUACGUUUCUUUUACUUGACCUCGGCUCAUGUGGGGCACACGCUGAAGUUCGCCCACUCAGCAGCUGUUUAAUGGGUUCUUACUGUCACAAACCUAAAGAAAUGGGCAUUACCUCAGUGUUCACUGCUCCUUGGACAGGAUCUCUGCUCUGGAUAUACUGUGGCCUUGUGUACAUAGAGCUGCUUUUUGAUACUGGAACUGUUUUACAGUGUUGUGCGUACUGUACUGAUAAAAAGGUUUACAUGUGUUUUCUCCACACUUUUCCCAGGCUUUGUUCUUUUAAGUGUACACAUGGAAAUGUAAAAACCUUGAUGGUGCUCAAAGGGCUUUUAAAGUUCCAAUAGAAACUUGUUGAGUGUGGUCUGUUAAAAACCAAAAAGUUAUUGUUUACGUGCUAUAACACUGUUUAGGAAGCAGGUGAAGGAUCGCCUGGUCCGUUUCUAACUGCUUUUAGCCUUUAUAGAAGCACAGUAUAAUAAAGCUACAGCACAAUAUAGAGCAUAUUAAUCAAGCUUUUUAUCUUCUGUAGAAGUUUUGUAUUUGUAGGUUUAAGUGUCACUAAGACAGGAUCUGACACAGUUUCAUACUUAUUCACUAAAACCAGUGACAACUGUUUUUCUUUUCUUUGUUUUUAUCAUGAAACAAAACUUUGUUAUUUUAGAUGUCAGUGAUUUAACUGAUUUAUUUUGUUUUUGUACUAAUUAGAGCAACUUAUAACUUUACUAAAUAAAACCGCUGCUCUAGCUGCUAAAAACAUGGAUGUGUUCUGUUCGAAAUGAUACAUGAAUCUCAGAUAUUGUACGGGACUUGACUGACUGAAUAUUCUUCUCAGAUAUCGAAGAUGUGUCAAUAAGCAAAUGACUAAUUACUUGUAUUUUGGUUAAUCGUAUUUUACUCUGAAGUAACUUAAAAUAUGUAUCCUGCAGGGCUCCUAAAAACACUACUUGGCUUAUGACUGAAAGCGCACAUCAAACACAAAACACCUCCAAAAGGUGAAGGGAAAGAAACUCCCAAAGUGGCUUCCAGCUGCAGUUACUCCUGGGAACAUAGAGCAGGUGGUCUGAAGCUCCUUUUCUAAAGUACAAUAAUGAAGCACUAAAUAAUAAAGUGCUCCUUUGUUUCCUGGUUUUGAUCUAAAAUAAACCCUGUGGCCUCUUAAAUACUCUCUACUGAGUAAUCCUG